AUGGAUCUCAACGCUCUUUUCAAGGGUAGAUUUUGUUGCUUUCUCAAGGACCCACUUGAAGAGGCUGAGACUUGGGGAGAGUCUGUGGACAAACUCCUGUGUAGUAAACCUGGGCAGGCAGCUUUCCGACAAUUCCUGAAGUCAGAGUAUAGUGAGGAGAAUAUCCUGUUUUGGCUGGCCUGUGAGGACUACAAGAAGAUCAAGUCUCUUCCAGAGAUGAUCUCCUCUGCAAACAGGAUCUACUCUGAGUUUGUGGAAUGUGAAGCACCCAGACAGAUCAACAUUGAUUGUGGGACCAGAGAAAAUAUCACCAAGAACAUCUCCCAGCCGAGCCUGACUUCCUUUGACGCGGCACAGAAGCUGAUCUACAGUCUGAUGGCCAGGGAUUGUUACCCACGAUUCCUCAAGUCAGACAUCUACCAGGAUUUGCUUCGGAGAGCAGAUGCAAGGUGACUCUCUUAAAUGACAAACGCUCUAAGUGUUUCUCAACGUUUUAUGUACCACACACAAGCUAUAGUCCCUCCAUCCAUGGAGGACCACUUUGAUUAAAGGGAUGGUUUUAUUUAUUUUUUACCUUAUUUUCGACUUACCUAGGGUGUUGCCACCUAGGGUUUAGUUUAGCAACGUCCAGAAUCUCCUGGCUAGACUGUUUUUAAACGUAGCAAUGCACGUGGAAAUGGAUUGUAUCGUUCCUUAAAACUAGCACCUGAGAACUGACUAAAAUGGCCACCAGCUCACCAUUUAACCAGGAACUGGUCAAGAACAACCCAGAAGUUGAGAAACACAUUCUUUCAACUCUUUCAUCUACGCUAUGCUUACCAUGUUAUUGCAAUCCAUGUCCAAACAACAUAUUUUCUUUAACCGGUGACUACAUUUAAUGGGUUGAUUCCAUUCUCAAUGAAUGUAUAUAGUAUCAUGUGUGCAAU